AACCAAGAACCAUUCCGGUCUUUAUAUCCCGACCAUCUACACCUUUAUAUCUGCACAAUUCCAUACACAAUUCCAUACCCUCCUAGUUUCACAUCUCCUCUUACAUAGUAAGGUCACAAUUAAAGUCCUACUGUAACGAAAAUACGCACACAUCUUUCCCCUUUGAUUCGACCUGCAUAUCUAUCCCCCCCUCCUUUCUUCUCAUCGAGAAGUCUAGAUGGGGUUGAAUGGUCUUGUCUGGUCUUGGUCUGCCCAUCCUCUCUCAUCUCUAACCCCCCGUCUCAUCUGUUGUUAAUUUCCAGAAAGCGACACAGCAGCUAAAGACCCUGCACGAGCCCGUUCGCGAGAUCUCCGGUCGUCUCUUUCUCUUUAUUGCCCGUGCCCCCUCUCGGUCCCGAAAUUCCCGCAUCAACACCAUCGUUUUUGCGCCUGCUUCUGCUUGCCAAUCAAUGCUCGCGCCCGGUCUUGAGGCUUUUCGUCCCAUGUGGAACAGAGUCACUUUUUGGUUACCUAGUCGAGUCUUGGUUGAGCUUUGUUAAUCGUUAGCCCGUCGGCAAUUGUCUGCACGCUUAUUGCCUGGCGGUGUAAGAACCCGUCUUCCUCGGGACCGACUGAAAAAAAGAGAACCCGUUCGCCAUGCCCCCGACCCCAGAGUCCCAGCUUGGUGAUGGCUCGGCGAGCAAUGAACCUACGCCGCCUGCGGGCUCCUCGGUUAACAGGUAUACGCCACCAAAUCCCGACGCUUCUAUGAUAAAGGUUACAAGAGGGCAUAGCUGUGUGUUAUGCCAGCAGCGCAAGGUACGUUGCGACAAGAGCAAACCCUGCUCCAAUUGCCUAAAGGCAAAUGUCGAGUGCCGCGUUGUGCCACCUCAACCACCUAGGCGCCGCAAGAAGCGCAUCCCCGAGCGAGACUUGGUUGAGCGUCUGCGGAAAUAUGAAGCACUCUUGGCUCAGAACGGUAUCGAAUUUGAUUCGCUAGGUCCGGACGUCAAGAUUGUGGACCCCGGCUCCGUUGAAGACGGUGACGAGCUGGAGCCCGAGUUUAUAAGGCAGAGGAGUAAGGAGUCUCCAGCCGGUGUGGACCCUGACUUGAUCUCAUCACCCGGCGAGACCGCCCAUGUUCCCAGGACGUUCAAAUGGUUUCCUUUCCAGAGGGAGUUUCGAGCAACGGAUGAAGCGCCUAGAGAUUCAUCCGAUGAAGAAGAUGUUGGGUCAUCCAUCAAUCAAGCAUACGACAAGAUGUUCGACAGCCCUGAUGGCUUCCCUUUUGUAGUCGGCGGUCAGUACGAAAACGUCACCUCGCAGCAUCCAUCCGCCAUCCAAAUAUUCCAGUUAUGGCAGAUUUACCUAAAUAAUGUCAACCCUCUUCUCAAGCUUACGCAUACACCAACAUUGCAAGUGCGGAUUAUCGAAGCCGGAGCAAGCCUCGACAAGGUGUCUAGGUCCCUCGAAGCAUUAAUGUUUUCAAUCUAUUUAAUGGCUAUCACAAGUAUAGACGAAGAAGAAUGCCAAGCCACGUUUAACGAAUCGAGAAUCAACUUGCUGGCCAAGUAUUAUUAUGCUACACAGCAAGCACUUCUAAACGCAGGCUUUAUGCGCAACCCGGAUCUGACCUUGCUGCAAGCUUACCUUUUAUAUCUUAUGGGUAUCCGACAGUAUUCGGACCCCCGGUCAUUAUUUUGCCUAACAGGAAUUGGUGUACGCCUUGCUCAGAGGAUGGGUUUGCAUCGUGACGGUGCUCAAUUCAAUCUGUCCCCAUUCGAAGUGGAAGAGAGGAGACGGCUAUGGUGGAACCUCGCCGGAUUUGAUCGACGAAUAGGCGAACUGUGUGGUUCCAUCAUCACUGCCAUAUCCAAUGGGGGUGACUGCAAAUUACCGCUCAACAUCGACGACGCCAAUUUACACUUACACGCCAAAGACCCCCCUCCACCGUAUACCGGCGCCACCGAGAUGAUGUUCUCUCUCUCGCGCCUCGAGUUUGCCAAGGCGCCAGGAAAUGAUAAGAUGAGGGGCCAAUCUUCAGAAACGAAUCCCCAGGCGGUCGCAAGCGUUGCUGACCACCGCUUGUCGAGCUAUCUCGAACGGUUUUCUUCCCAUAUGGAGGAUACCUACCUAAAAUACUGCGACCCGAAAGUCCCACUUCACUACAUGACUCUUCUUAUGACGCGAGCGAAUAUCUGUAAGCUAAAGAUAGUAUCUGGCUUCUUCCGUGUUGCGCUUACGGCACCUGCUCCCUUACCGGCAGCCGAGAGGGAAGAACUCUUCAUCGAGGCGAUUAAGAUGGUCGAGUAUGAUACCAUGAUGCAAGCAAGAGAAAGUUUACGAGGCUUCCUCUGGUAUACUAAUAUGCAUUUCCCAUUCCCGGCUUAUAUAUGCUUGCUUACCGAGCUCCGCCAUCGUACGACGGGUGACUUAUGCGAGCGUGCGUGGGAAACCAUCUGCGAGCACGCCGACCGGAGGAAGAUGACAUCUCACAUGCGUAGUCCUAUGCAUCUAUCCUUUAGUCCUCUAUUCGUAAAGGCGUGGGACGCGCGCGAGGCCGCAGAAGCCGCUCUCGGACGUACCCUAGCACCGCCUCGCCUCAUCACCCACAUGAGACAAAUCGCGGCUCGACUACCAAAGGCGAUUAAAAAGAAGUCACCUGUACCAACGCCUUCGCCUAAGAUCCCUGUCAUAAGCGGUGCUUACGUUGCAACGGCGCCGACGCCGCCAGAACAACCUAACGUACCAGGUACUAUACCUAUAUACCCGGAAACAGACAUAUUCGGCGGUGGCAUGCCGCAGAUGGACAUGAACCGGCAAUUCACGACCGCGUUCCCGGAUGUAAACUUCGGCGGCGAGAUGGACUGGAACUACUUGAUGCAGGAAUACGGCGGGUUCGUCGCCCACCCACCCCAGAUGACGGCCUACGCAAACCAGACGCCGAUGCAAGACCCUAAUCACCCCCCAACUGCUGCGUGGCAGUGAAUUGUAUGUAUGCAUAUCUGCACAUUUUUCUACUGGUUACCUAGGUAUAUAUGGAUCUGCACAUAUAAUGGAUGAACGAGAUAUGGGGUUUAAGCGGAAUAGGGCACAUAUAUAUCUAGGCACUCAACUAUCUCAGCAUGUAUAUAAAGGCCUGUAUAUGGAAGAUCGGGACUCUACGGAUAUACUGGUAAAGGUUUAUGUAUUAUAUAGGUAUAAGGUAUAUAAUAGUAUUAUAUGAAGGCAAAUAAGAGUAAGCGUGGCAAGCGACUAUGCGAGGAAUUAAGAUGGGAUGUUCCUACAUAUAUGCAUCACCACGGUGUUUAACAGGGUAAGAUAGGUAGG